UAAAGCACGAAGGCCAAUGAAGCUGCACGUAUUUGCAAGUUUAAGGUUUGAGAAGCAAAAUGACACAACCACCAGAUUCAACAGAAGCAGCAGAGGAAGAAAGGCAGCAAGUAGAAGAAGUAGAAGAAGCAGAAGAAGCAAAACAUGGCAAAGGGACAUGGAAGCACGCAGCGUUUCAUGUGGCCACAACGAUUGCCACACCUGCUGCCUAUGCUCCUCUGCCUUUUGCUCUCGCUUCUCUUGGUUGGCCUCUCGGGGUAAGCAGCUUGGUAGGUGCAACACUGGCCACAUGGUAUUCUAGUCUGCUCAUCGCUUCUCUGUGGAAGUGGGAUGGGAAGAAACAUGUUACCUAUCGCCACCUUGCCCAAAGCAUUUUCGGGUUCUGGGGUUAUUGGUCUAUUGCAUUUUUUCAGCAGGUAGCUUCAAUAGGCAAUAACAUUGCCAUUCAAAUUGCAGCUGGGAGUAGCCUUAAGGCUGUUUACAAGUAUUAUCACAAGGAUGGUGACUUAACUCUGCAACAUUUUGUUAUUUUCUUUGGGGUCUUUGAGCUCUUUCUCUCUCAGCUCCCUGAUAUACACUCCUUAAGAUGGGUAAAUGCCUUGUGCACUUUCAGCACAAUUGGCUUUGCUGCUACAACCAUUGGUGUCACAAUUUAUAAUGGGAAAAAGAUUGACAGAAAAUCAAUCAGUUACGGUUUAGAUGGAAGCUCCUCAUCCAAAGUCUUUAGAGCCUUCAAUGCUCUCGGAGCAAUUGCCUUUUCCUUUGGAGAUGCAAUGCUUCCAGAGAUACAGAACACUGUGAGAGAACCUGCAAAGAAAAAUGUGUACAAAGGUGUAUCAGCAGCUUAUGGUAUCAUAGUGUUGAGUUACUGGCAAUUGGCCUUCACUGGGUACUGGGCUUUUGGGUCACAAGUUGAGCCUUACAUCUUGUCUUCACUUACUGUUCCUCAAUGGACUAUUGUCAUGGCCAAUCUUUUUGCUGUCAUACAAAUAUCAGGAUGCUUUCAGAUAUACUGCAGGCCAACAUAUGCCUACUUCGAGGAGAGACUGUUGUAUAAUGAAACUGCUACAAUUCGUUCCUCACUAAGAAACAAGCUAGUUCGUCUUGUUUGUACCUCCAUGUAUAUGCUACUUAUUACACUAGUUGCAGCAGCCAUGCCAUUCUUUGGGGAUUUUGUGGCAAUAUGCGGAGCAAUUGGGUUCACACCACUGGACUUUGUGUUCCCUGCUAUGGCAUAUCUAAAAGCUAGAAGAAGACGGCACCAAAACACCAAAAUGUAUCUGUCUUUGCUACUUCUUAACUUUGCUAUAGUGGUUUGGUUCUCGGCUGUUGCAGUGUUCGGUUGCAUUGGGGCAGUCAAGUUUAUUGUGGAAGAUGUCAAGACUUAUAAGUUCUUUCAUGAUAUGUGAGAUCUGCUUUGCAAGACUGGCGAGUUCUUGCAGCAGUCUUAUGACUUGUACUUUGCUAGUCUCGAGUAUGAAAUGCAAAUAUUGCAGGAAGAAAAUGUAGACCGCAAGUACCAGUGCCUUUGCCACUAUUUAUUGGUUAUAUAUGGCAAUGUAGCUCAAUGUUUUAUGA